UCCCCAGCAUGGCGGCCACCUGGCCGGCUGCUCCGGAGGCCGUGGCCGCCCAGCUCCUCGGUGUCCUGUGGUUCGUGUCAGUCACCACGGGAUCUUGGGGAGCUGCUGCCAUCGCCGCCGCCGGCGGCGAGGAGACGCUUAAGUGCGAGGACCUCAAAUUGGGACAAUAUAUUUGUAAAGAUCCAAAAAUAAAUGAUGCUACACAAGAACCAGUUAACUGUACAAACUACACAGCUCAUGUUCCUUGUUUUCCAGCACCCAACAUAACUUGUAAGGAUUUUGGUGGCAAUGAAACACAUUUUACUGGAAAUGAAGUUGGUUUUCUCAAGCCUAUAUCUUGCCGAAAUGUAAAUGGCUAUUCAUACAAAGUGGCAGUUGCGCUGUCUCUUUUCCUUGGAUGGUUGGGAGCAGAUCGAUUUUACCUUGGAUACCCUGCCUUGGGUUUGUUAAAGUUUUGCACUGUAGGGUUUUGUGGAAUUGGGAGCCUAAUUGAUUUCAUUCUUAUUUCAAUGCAGAUCGUUGGACCUUCAGAUGGAAGUAGUUACAUUAUAGAUUAUUAUGGAACCAGACUUACAAGACUGAGUAUUACUAAUGAGACAUUUAGAAAAACACAGUUAUAUCCAUAAAUAUUUUUAAAAAGAAACAGAUUUGGGCUUCCUUGAUUUCAAUAGAGCACUCUCAGUAUGUGGAUUUCCAGAUUUUCCUUUUUCUUCAUAUACCACUUUAUGGAUUCUUUAUAACUUUUUGUUGAUAUUUUUUGUUUUGUUUUACUUAAAAGCAUAUUAUUCUGAGAUUUAUUUAAUUGGACUUUCUUUGAGAGCUGUGUGAUAAUUGAGUCUUAGGCUACUGUCUCCAUGAGAUAGAUAGCUUAUUACCCCAAUAUUCUUUAAUGCCUUUUCCAAAGGCAAGUUGCGACUUGUCAUUUUCACUUCUGAAAAAUAAAAGAAUGACUUAUUCACAUUUUUUUUAGUGCUUUACUAUUAAGAAAACCUUAUAUGUUGAAUGUAGCGGUCUUCUAAAGCACUUAAUCCACAGUGUGAACAAACACCAUUUCCUAUAUUGCCUGGGGCCACAGUUGUGUUUUUCUGCAGCCUCUGCCUUGGUAUCCAUCGAGUGAAAGAUCACUGGGGAGUCUGAAACCUUGAGGCAACAUGGAUACUUCUGGCACUGAUGCAGCCCUCUGAAGUGUGAACUUGUUCCUUCUUGCUUUGGGAGUGAUGCACUAGCUUUCGGAAGACCAGCUGCUGACUCAUCUAGCUCAGCGCAGUUAUAUUUGAAGCUGCAUGGACAAGGUGGGAACACCAAACAGAUGAUGAAUGUCUUCCCUCUGUUAGCGCUGCCAGGCAGAUGCUGAUACAAGUGACUUGGGUGAGGCACCAGUGUCUGAGGGACCCUGUACCUUAGCACUGGCUUCCUCACCGCAUUUGGGAGGGUGGUAAGAAGAUGGAAAUACCGGGAAUGUUAUAUGUCCUCAUAAUACUGUCAUGCUUUCUUUAGUAACAGGCAUAACAAUUUCACAAUCACUUGGGUCCCAGCUCCUCAAGAGUAAAAACCAUCGUUUUUUAUCGCUCAUUUUACUCAGAAGUAUACAGUGACAGUACAGUUAGCUUCCUAACAUGUUAGUCAUUCAGUAACAGCUUCUGCAGUUGGUGGGAGAUUAUGCGGUAUUGAUACAUGAAAUGAAUUUGGAUUGACUCCUCAUGUACGCCCAGAAUGGUCUCUCUGAUUCAUUCGUUAGUUAAAAUCCUGAGUGUCUACUGCGUGGGAGGCCCUGUUCUAGAUGCUAGGGUGCAGCCCUGAACAAAACACAAACAAACAUGUCUGCCCUUCAGGAGCUAAUGUUCCCUGGGGACCGACUUUUCACAGUGAUAGUAUUUCUGGCUGCAGUUAAGCUAGCUGGUAGAUACCCGUUUUCUGGUACUUCCUAGCUCCUUUUGGUUGCAAACAGUGCUUUGGAGUUUAACCUUAGGAUCCCCUAAGCCCAGAUUUGAAGUCUUUACGUUUCUCCAGCCAUGUAAGUUCAAUUAUAUAAGAAGUACCUGCAAUCAAAUCUUGAAAAGUAAUCUUGAUUCUUGUGUGAUUGUUAGUUAUUAACAUGGCCAGUGGGAAGUCUGUUUCAAAGCAGGUGCUUCUCAAAGUAUUUAUUCAUAUAAGUUGUACUCUGAAAGGGUUGUAGAGAAAAUCUAGAGAGAAAGUCUCUUCACAAUACAUUCUUAAACCCGUAGAUUCUGUUUUCUCUAUAUAAUUUCCUAAAUUUACAUGACAAGAACACUUCAGAUUUUCCGGUUUGCCUAAUUCUCUAUUGCCUAAUAUAUGUCAUUCUUUAACAAAUGGUUUUCCUGUAUAUUAUUAUAUUUAUUUUUUAUGUAAAUGCAUUUAAUACAUGUAAAUGCAGUUUUUGUUUUUGUUUUGUUU